AUGACUCGAACCAAAGUCUGGCUGGACUGCGAUCCAGGGCACGACGAUGCCAUCGCCCUCCUGAUGUGUCUCUAUCUUCCGGAGCUCGAGCUUCUCGGAGUAUCCACCGUAUUCGGCAACACCACCGCCACAGACACGUACGAGAACGCCCUCCGCCUUCUGCACGCUUUCGCCGCUCCGGAGGAGAUCACCGUCUUCCCGGGAGCGUCAAAGCCCCUCCUCCGCGCAGCGCGUAUCGAUUCCGAGAUCCAUGGCCUGCACGGGCUAGGCGGUACUGAGGGACUCACGCCGUUCUCCGACCCGGCUGUGCAGGCGCGCGCUGCCAGAGCCGGGGGUAGGAACGCCGUCCAAGGGAUGGAAGCUGCGUUCCGGGAUGUGGAGGGGAAGGUCACACUUGUUUCUACGGGACCGAUGACAAACUCUGCUGCGCUGUUCAGUGCGUUUCCGGACCUGGUGCAAAAGGUCGAGCGUGUGGUGUUCAUGGGUGGUGGAGUAGGGCUUGGGAAUAGGAGUCCUGUUGCUGAGUAUAACAUCCUCUGCGAUCCUGAGGCUGCGCAGAUCGUCUUCGAUCUCCCCGUGCCGAAAGUCAUGGUCCCCCUGAACGUGACGCACAGUGCGAUAUUCGACGAGGACGCCGUGACGCGUCUAGUAACCCACGCACACGCCACAAGCGCCCGUAUAGACCUGAACAGCAUCCCCACCACUCCGCUGCGGCACACGCUCUACACGCUGAUUCAUUUCUUCGCCAGUACCUACAAGAAGGUGUUCGACUUUGACGGCCCGCCGAUGCAUGACGCUGUUGCGGUGACAUAUGCUGCCCAUCCGGAACUGUUUGAGGCGACGAGGUAUAGGGUCGACGUAGAAUUGGCAGGGACGUGGACAGCAGGGGAGACGGUGGUGGAUCUGUGGGAUUAUCGUGGGUGUGAUGAGAGCUGGGGAGCGGGUGGGAAGAAUGUGCUCGUCACGGAGAAACUUGAUGUGCCUAAAUUUAUUGAUCUAUUUCUUGAAUGUGUUGAUAAAGCAGACUAUGCGUCACCCCUUAAUGUCCAUAGAUGAUCAC